CAGCAGGCUGCCGAACACGGAAGUGACACGGGACAAAAACAAUGAUAGUCGAAUGAGAGGAAAGCUUGGCGAUGCGCUCUUAUUUUGUCAAACUUUUUUUCUAGACGCCCAUUGAAACUAUUCGGGCAAAACAUUCCGACGGGCAAAACUAUGUCGUCUUUUCGAGUCGUAGUGCUGCUUUUUUUGUCUGCUACAUCGGCCGCAUUCGCCGUCCAAACUCAGGCGUAAACUGUCACGCCGCAGCAAUGCCUCCUCUGGCUGUGGCGGCAGCCGCCGUCGGCGUGUGCUCGUUGGUGGGGGUAUCGCUGCUAUGGAGGGACAUCCGGUCCAAGAUGCGAGGCGAAGGCCGGACGCUGCGCAGCUUGCUCAGCCAGUACUCGGCCGUCAAGGCGGUAGGCUGGCUGGGCAGGCGGCAGCGGGCCAAGCUGGAGGCCGACACGCUGGACGUGAGGAAGGCCCAGGAGGAGACGCUGCUGAAACGCCUACGGAGGAAUGAACAUACGCUCUACGGGAAGCGUUUUGACUUUGCUUCAAUCAAAGACAGUGACUCUUUUCGCGCUCGCCACCCCAUCACCACGUACGAGCACUAUCGCGAGCUUGUGGAUCGCGUGGCCUCAGGGGAGGAGCAGGUGCUCACCGUCGAGAAGCCUCUCGUCCUGGCCAUGACAUCCGGGACAUCCGGGCCCAGCGCUAUGCUGCUCAGCACCAAGGACACCAACAGUGACUUCUUCUUUCAGGGCGUGACGGUGUGUCUGGACACCAUGCGGCGAGCGUUCCCAGCCACGGACAGCCUGCAGCGGACCACCAAGUUCUUCUACAUGCCGACCUUCCGCCAGUCGGAAGCCGGCAUUCCCAUCGGGCCCAAUUCGUCCACGCCGGCCUCGUCUCGUCACAUGCUCCACCUCUACACCACGCCGCCGCCUGCCUUCCAGGUGGCGAGCGAGAAGGACGCGCUGUACCUGCAUCUUCUCUUUGCCCUGAGAGAUCCCAGCGUAGGAACGCUUGAGUCCAACUUUGCCUCCACCAUCUUCUAUGCCUUCACCACUUUGCAGGAGCGCUGGCAGGAACUGACGGAGGACGUGGAGUGCGGCACCGUGAGUGAGGCUCUCCAUCUGGAGCCACACCUGAGAGCCGAGCUGGACGCCUUGAGCCGGGCCGACCUGGAGAGAGCGGCCAUCCUCCGGGCCCACUUUGGGGCCGGCUUCCGGGGAAUUGCUGGCCGCCUCUGGCCCCACCUCAACUUAGUUCUGGCCGUGGACUCGGGCUCCAAUCAGAUCUACGGCGAGAUGCUGAGGGACAACUUCUGCAGCGGCAUCCCUUUCUACUCGCCUUUCUACGCUGCUACGGAAGGUCUGAUCGGGGUGAACCUUUGGCCUGAAGAGCCCGCCCGGCGUUACCUGCUGUGCCCUCGCUCCAUGUUCUGCGAGUUCCUACCAGAGAGCCACAUGGAGAAUGAGGAGGCACCAGCCACUUUUCUCAUGGAGGACGUGAAGGAGGGACAAAACUAUGAGCUGGUGCUCACCAACGCCGCCGGGCUCUUCAGGUAUCGUAUCGGCGAUGUGGUGAAAGUGGUGGGAUUCCACAACCAAUGUCCCAUCGUGGAGUUUCAAUACAGGCGCGGUCAGAUGCUGAACGUUCGUGGCGAGAAAAUGUCAGAGGCAUUGUUCCUGGACUCUUUGAAGGAAGCCGUGGCGCAGUGGCCCGCUGCUCGCCUGCUCGACUACUGCUGUGCUGAGAGCGCGAUUAUGGGGGAUUUGGUGGGCGGCUGCGACCCGCACUACCAGGUCUUUUUGGAACUGACGGGCGUGAGGAAUCUCAGCGAAGAACAGCGCCACAAGCUGGACGCGUGCCUGCAACAGGUGUCAGUGGUGUACCGCUCGUUCCGCAUCAAAGGCAGCAUCGGGCCGCCGCGGGUGCAGCUGGUGGGCCGUGGCACCUUUGCCGAACUGCGCCGCCGCAUGAUUAGUUCCUCUCUCACCUCGGCCAACACCUUCAAAAUGCAACGGGUGUUGCGGUGCAAGGAGGACGCCCAAUUCCUGCUGGCCAGAACCAUUUCUUGAAGAGGGAAAUUAAUAAAAUAAGACUUUGGAAACAAAGGAAGUUUUCGAAACAUACUAAAUUGUACUUUAGGUAACAUUUUAGGGAUCAUUAUGGCUCUAUAUUUACUCAUCUCUUUUGGAUGCAGCAUCUCAAGUGGGAUAUUUCCUGAAGGUGUUGACAUUUCUGAUUCUCACCGCAACUUGUUUUAUUAAAAUGGAGAGAGGGGGGGUGAUUUGUUUUGUGUCUGUUGAAUGUGUGUCAGAAAGUCAUUUGAUUUCCAGGUGUUACUUUCAAGUGCUUUCUGCCUGAUAUUCUUCACUUUCAUUUUAUUUGUAAUAAUGAAUUUUCUCACA